ACUGCUUUCAAUUCGAGUUUCCACUGGCAAAUAUGAAGUUACUGGCUCUUUUCGUUACCAUUCUGGGUGUGGUGGCCGUGGUCCACGGUCAGGCGGAAGAAAAGUCCAAGAACACGAAUCACAAUGUGAUCGUCAUUGGAGCCAACAAAGGUGCACCAGCUCCUGCUGACGGGACUGCGCAACCUGCAGCUAAUCCGCGGCAACAAUACCCUCAUGCCUUAUAAAGCUGUCCAGGCCAAUUUAUUUAUAAUAAAACGGAGCCCAUAUAACUUCAUACAUA